AAAACAAACAAUUUUUUGGAACGCCAUGUGCGUUACCAGCAUCAUCUUUGAACAUUUUGAAUAAAAUAGAUUCAACAAAAAAUCAAUAAUCCCCCGCCCCAUCAUCAUCAAUCAUUCUCGUAUCUGGAGCACGGACCAACCCCCAUAUCCGACCAGCAGCAGAAGAGAAAAACUGGAUUGUAUUGUAAAAACAGUCACAAUGUUUAACAAAUUGUAUCUGUUCUAUGUGCUAAUAUUUUGCACAUUAGCUGCGCAAUGCCUGAGUGCCAUAAAUGAUCCGUACAAGCAGCUGGGCGUAAGUAAUACAGCAACCCCUCAGGAAAUACGACGUGCCUAUAAGCAAUUGGCCAAAGAAUGGCAUCCGGACAAAAGCAAUCAUCCGGAUGCUGAGCUCAAGUUUGUGCAAAUCAAAAAGGCCUACGAACUGCUGAACGAUGCGGAGCGGCGACUGAUCUACGAUAGACAUGGCAUUACCAGUGAGGAUUCGCAUUAUCUGAAACAGAAGCAUGACUAUAGCGGUUACAAUCGUUUCGGCUUUGACCCAGUUGAAGAGUUCUUCGGCAAACAAUUCGGCUUCGACCAGGACAUCAGCCUAUAUCACAAACUGUCCGUAACAUCCAACUAUUUCGAGCAAACGAUUAUACCCAAGAGCAAGAACAAAUUGCAUAUUAUUAUGUUUUACAAUGACUGGUGUUUCGGCUGCAUACGGAUAGUUGGUGCAUUUAAGAAAUUAAUCGAUACUUUCGAACCGUUGGGCAUUCACUUUGCCACCAUAAAUGCAGCUCACGAGCCAUCAAUACUGCGUAAGACUGGAGCGGAUGAUAUACCACGAAUGGUGCUAGUUUUGGGUGGACAUAGUUAUGUUUAUCGCGAGAAUAUUUAUACGCAACAGAAAUUGGCCGAGUUUAUUCGCAAGAAGAUGCCGUUUAAGAUUGGCCAGCGGGUGAACGAUGAGAAUCUCGACGAGUUUCUCAAUGGCUGGACCGAUAAUAGAGUGAGGGCUCUAGUCCUCGAGCCGAGAAGUGCAACUCGAUUAAGAUAUCUUAUUUCAGCGUUUGCUUUUCACGAUCGUGUUGCAUUUGGGUUUGUCGAUCUAAAUAGCAAGAGCUCAAAGCUAAUAUCGGAUCGGUUUAAGGUCAAUCCCAAAUUGGAUACACUGUAUCUGUUCAAUGAGGACUCUUUGCGAGCCGUUGCGAGUAUCUCAAUGGCUGAUAUACCCACACAAACGCUGGAUAACAUCAUCUCGACAAAUCAAUUCUUGUCGCUACCGAGGCUUUCAUCGCAAGAAGUUCUCGAGGGAGUUUGUCCCGCCGAGUGGAAUCGACCUCGCAAGCGACUCUGCGUGGUUCUAAUAACGGAAAACUCCCCAGACUAUGAUAUAGCAAGGGGCGCCUUGAGGCACAUUGCUCUGGAGAGUGGUUAUAGCUUGGAUCGCGUGCGAUUUGCGUAUAUGUUCAAGGAGAAGCAAUCCGAUUUUCUAAAUGCCAUCUCCAAGGGCUCAUUCGAGGACAAUCUGUUGCGUCUGGUGGUCAUCUGGCGGCGUGACAGCCAUAUCAAAUACGAAUGGGUCGACGGUGCCAAAUUGGACAUUAAAUCUGCCGACUAUCUGAACAAUACGGCCAUCAAUACGACCAAACAUGAGAUUAAUCUAACCGUACAGAGACUUUUGAAGACAAACGAAGCCUUAACCUAUGAGGCAUUUGUGCAAAAUCUAUUGGAUGAACACGCCCAGGGCAUUUUGAAUAAGUGGAUAACGCGUCUGCUCUAUUUGGUGGAUUAUCUAUCCGAUAAUAUCGAAGAUGAGCAUUUGUUUGCCGCCUUAUCCCUGCUAGGAACAAUUGCGUUUAUGUUUGGCAUUGGCUAUGUAAUGAUGUACUUUGUUCGUGCCGAGGAGGAGAGCCUCAAGGCUCAGGGGCAGCUCAAUGAAUCGCUGUGCAAUAAACAGAAUAAACAUGUGCCGGAGCUAAAGCUUUAUGAGCUGAGAGCUGAGAAAUAUAAUGGAUUGGUACGAUUACUAAAACCCGGAUGUCGAACGAUUCUAUUGAUUACCGAUUUGCAAAGCCGGACCAAACUCAUUCCGCCAUAUCAUCGUGCCGUUUGGCCAUAUAGGAGGACCAAGACUCUCCUCUUUGGUCAUAUGCUUAUUGAGAAGGGUUUGUCGUGGUAUUCGGAGCUGCUGCGCUUAUCGCUAUGCACAAAUCAAAAUCUCCAGAUCAAUCCCAGGAAUUGUGUGGGCACCGUUAUAGCUUUAAAUGGACACCGAAAGUAUUUCUGCGUAUAUCAUGCUAAGCAUCCGGAAUGCGCUCGUGGCACCAAAAGAAUGAUUAAAAUGACCAAACAAUUGCUUGACAGGAAUGAUGACCCAGAGAUUGGUAACUUCCUUGGCGUCAACUACUCCGAGGAGUCUGAUGUAGAAUCGAAUGUUCUGUUCGAGGACAAUUUGCUGGAUGGCCUCAGCAAUUGGCUAGAUCGAUUGUUCGAGGGAACUACUCACAGAUACUACAUCAACUACUGGCCAGACUUUCCUACUAAGUAAAAAUCCCCUUUACGAUUAUUAUGCAAAUGUAAAUUACUUUGUCAUCCCAAUUUCUUGUAAAUCCUUCUAGUCAAUAAACUACUACCAUUUAUUAUGUUGA